AUGGUUAGGGUGUGAUGGGGGGGGGGGGAGAUGAUACAGUGUUGGCUCCCUGGCUCUUCGUGACACAGCCUACUCUGUGCCUCCUACGAAGCAGACACCACAAUGACUGAUCCAAACACGUCUUCUUUUAUUCUAGACUUUGGCCCUAUUUAUGACUUACUCAACUAUACUUAUAAUGAAACCGAGUUCAACAUCAACCCCGAGACGCAGCCCUGCAACCCAUUCCACAUCCCAGAUGUAGCGUCCGUUUUUGUCAGCUUGUUUUACGCCCUCAUCUUUCUGCUGGCCAUUCCUGGGAAUCUGGUAGUGGGGCUGGUGAUUGGCCUGAGCAAGCAGUCGCUGUCUCCAUCUGACCUGUACCUCCUCCACCUGGCCAUCGCCGACAUCCUGCUGGCCGUUACGCUCCCAUUCUGGGCCACCUCUGUUACCAAGGGUUGGGUGUUUGGCGAAGCCCUGUGCAAAAUCAUCACCAUCCUCCAGGAGCUAAGCUUCUACUCCAGCAUCCUCUUCCUGACUUGCAUUAGCAUGGACCGUUACAUGGUGAUCGUGAGAGCUAUGGAGGCUCGCAAGGCUAACAGAAAGCAAGUCAGCUGGGCAGUUUGUGCUGCUGUCUGGACCAUUGGUGCGCUCCUGUCUCUGCCGGGCCUUUUCAAUUCUUCUUUUAAAUCCCAAAGCUCCGGUAUGAUAGUGUGUUCUGAACAAUACGAUCCCAGCAGUGCUGGCAUGUGGCGGCUGGCCACCAGAAUUCUUCGCCACACUUUGGGUUUUUUGAUCCCCUUGGCCAUCAUGCUGCCCUGUUAUGGAGUAACCAUCAAGCGCCUCCUCCACAUCCGUGGGGGAUUUCAGCGGCAGCGAGCCAUGAGAGUGAUCGUGUUCGUGGUCAUUGCCUUCCUGCUUUGUUGGACACCGUACCACAUCGCAGUGAUGGCAGACACUUUCUUCAGGUCCAAGAUAGUGCCGUACCGGUGCCCAGCAAGGAUGGCAGUGGAUCAGGCCAUGUUUGCCACCCAGAGCCUGGGGCUGCUUCACAGCUGUGUCAACCCUGUGCUGUAUGCCUUUGUGGGAGAGAAGUUCAGGAAGAACCUGUUUAAGAUUAUAAGAAAGAUCGGCGUCCUGGAGAGACCAUCUGUGACCAGAAGCAGCAGGUCUUCACUGUCAUCAGAAAUCACAUCCACAUUCAUGUGACAACACCCGAAAGACACAUUGCACUGUUCCUAUAAAUGAACCACAUCAGCGUAUGUACUGAAAGACUAGUUUUGAUAAAGCAUUUUUAUUGCAACUCAUAUCUGGUGGAAAACAAAAAAAAAAGAAAUUUGCCUACAGUUAACCCAAAUUUGUAAAUCUUUUUUCAUACUUUUCUCAUCAUAUUUAACUUGGUUUUCUGUUUCAUGUCUUAGAUACCUAUUUUUACUUGCAUGUUUUUAUUUUUUUAUACCUAUUUAAAUGAGCUGUGUUGGCGGGAGCCAAAGUUUGAAACUUGUGAUUGCCAACCACUGCUUCUCUGCAGUUUUUGUGUACACGACGAGAAAGGUGGUUUCAACCCUGUCCCGGCAAUGUUGUCUCAAGAAAAAUCCCCUCUCUUACCUCAGUCAUGUCUAGUUCUGAGGAAACUGUGGCAAAUAUGUUUCAACGUGAGACAAUAUUUCAAAACAAUAGUACUCUGUCACAACUUUAAGACAAACAUCCACUGAUGGACACCUUGAGAUGCAGCUGAAAGCUCUGGAAAAAAGUUAAGACACUUCAGCAUUAAAUAGUGAAACAUCUGACCGGCCAUUUUUCUUUUAUAAGUACAGCAUAUUAAUGUGAAUUUAUAAAUAGAUUUUAUUUUAUUCAAAUUUCCAAAUUAAUACCAAUGUACUUUAAAAAUCAUUUUACUUCCAGCUCAGUGUCUCAAAGCAGAAACAAAGCUAUCUUGUGCAAUACUUAUUGACUUCUUAUACUUUUUUAUAGUAAUGUAUUUACAUUUUUGUAAUUAAGUCUGUUUAAAGUUGGAUGUACAUUUAGCUAAAGACUGCAGGUUGUCCUUCACAUGCCACACGAUUUGUAAUCUCUAGUUGUAUAUCAUCAUUAAAGUUUUAUAGACACGU